AUGGCUGAGAAGAAGGGACAAAGGUCUGCUAUAGUCAUAGGUGCGGGCGUGGGCGGCGUCGCAACAGCCGCGAGACUGGCCAAAGCGGGCUACAAAGUCACUGUUGUGGAGAAGAAUGACUUUACAGGCGGACGAUGCUCAUUGAUUGAGCAUGACGGGUUUCGCUUCGAUCAGGGCCCCUCUCUCCUACUCCUACCUCACCUUUUCGCCGAAGCCUUUCAUGACCUCGAUACAUCUCUCGAACAGGAGGGCGUCAAGCUGCUCAAAUGCGAGCCCAACUACAACCUCUGGUUCGGCGACGGCACCUCCUUCGAACUGUCCACCGACCUCGCGCGCAUGAAGCAGGAAGUCGAGAAAUGGGAGGGCAAAGAUGGCUUUGAGCGCUACUUGGGCUUCUUGGCCGAGUCACAUCGGCAUUAUGAGCUCAGUGUCGAACACGUCCUGCGCAAGAACUUUACGAGCUUGCUGAGUAUGACGAGACUCAGUUUCUUGAGGCAUCUGUUGGCCCUACAUCCAUUCGAGAGCAUAUAUUCGCGCGCAUCGAAGUACUUUUGGACGGAGAGGCUUAGGAGGGUCUUCACGUUUGGAAGCAUGUAUAUGGGCAUGAGCCCGUUUGAUGCGCCAGGGACGUAUUCGCUUCUGCAGUAUACUGAGUUGGCUGAGGGCAUUUGGUACCCCGAGGGUGGAUUCCACAAGGUCGUCGACGCUCUAGUUAAGGUAGGCAAAAGACUAGGCAUAGAAUACCGGCUGUCAACACCUAUAAAAUCUAUAUCACUCACGCCGGACCAAAGCGCCACGGACGGCGUGAUCCUCACCGACGGCAGCAAACUGUCGGCCGACGUGGUAAUCAACAACGCAGACCUCGUCUACGCAUACAACCACCUUCUGCCGCGCAGCAAGUACGCGCAGCGCCUCUCGCAGCGCCCCGCCUCCUGCAGCAGCAUCUCCUUCUACUGGGCGCUCUCAGACACGGUGCCCGCGCUGCGCGCGCACAACAUCUUCCUCGCAGACGAGUACCGCGAGUCCUUCGACAGCAUCUUCAAAGCGCACCUCAUCCCCUCCUCACCCAGCUUCUACGUCAACGUGCCCAGCCGCGUCGACCCCUCCGCUGCGCCGCAGGGCAAAGACAGCGUCGUCGUGCUCGUCCCCGUAGGGCACCUCCUCGAGGACGCAGGCGCCGACCCCGAGAGCCCCGCCCCACCUAAACACCGGGGCCUCGCCUCAUCCUCGUCUCCCUCCGCCAGCAGCCCGCAAGACUGGACCGCCAUGGUCGCCCUAGCGCGGCGCACCGUCCUCGCAACCAUCGAGGCCCGCACCGGCGCCAAGCUAGAGCCGCUCAUAGCGCACGAGCGCGUCAACACGCCCGCAGACUGGCGCGACGCGUUCAACCUCGACCGCGGCGCCAUCUUGGGCCUCAGCCACAGCUUCUUCAACGUCCUGAGUUUCCGCCCCAAGACGAGGCAUGCCAGCAUCCGCGGCUUGUAUUUCGUGGGCGCGUCGGCGCACCCCGGCACUGGUGUGCCGAUUUGUUUGGCUGGGAGCAAGAUUGUCGCCGGUCAGGUGCUGGGGGAUGCGGGGGUGGGGGUGCCGUGGACGGAGGGUGCUGAGGGAAAGGGGAAGUGUGGUGGGAAGGGCAUUGAUAGGGUGGAGGGAGGGCCGUGGCUUAGUUGGGUGCAUGUUGUUGUUGUGGCGUUGGCGGCGCUGGUGUUUAAUUGGGUGUAUGUCAUUGUUGCUGUGGUGCUGGCAAUGGUGUUGGCUUUGCUUGUGGGUUGGGAGAAUCUUGAUGCGCGGGCUUUGAAGGUCGUGGGGGAUUGGUGA